CCGAGCUCCGCCAGUCCGCGCGCCCGCCCGCCGGCUCUGGAGCAGCCUGCGCGGUCCGCCAGGUCCCGGGACGCGGCGCCCCAGGGGAGAGGGCGAAGGGACGCGGCGAUGGCCUCGCGGGGACUCCCGGAUUUCGCCGUCCUCGCCGCUGCGGUCUUGGUGGCGGGCACCGUGAGCUCGCCGCUCGUGGCCCCGGACAGUGGUGGCAGCCACUCACUGCACUCCAAAGCAGAGACGACCCCGUCGCCCACUGACAGUGCCGGGAGUGGGCACCCCGAAUACAUUGCCUAUGCGCUUGUCCCCGUGUUCUUCAUCAUGGGGCUGUUUGGCGUCCUCAUCUGCCACCUGCUGAAGAAGAAAGGCUACCGUUGUACCACAGAAGCCGAGCAAGAUGAGGAGGAGAAGGUUGAAAAGAUAGAGCUGAAUGACAGUAUGAAUGAAAAUAGUGAUACUGUGGGGCGAAUCGUCCACUACAUCAUGAAGAAUGAAGCAAACGCUGACGUGUUGAAGGCCAUGGUAGCAGACAGCACCAUCUGUGACCCUGAGAGCCCCAGGACCCCCAGCACCCCCGGAAGCCCACCCGUGAGCCCCGGGCCCUUGUCCCCAGGUGGCACGCCAGGGAAGCACGUCUGCGGUCACCAUCUGCACACAGUGGGCGGCGCUGUCGAGAGAGAUGUGUGUAAUCGGUGUAGACACAAGAGAUGGCACUUCAUAAAACCGACCAGCAAGUCCAAAGAAGGCCGCCCGAAGCGCCAGGGGGAGGUCACCGUUCUGUCUGUGGGCAGGUUUAGAGUUACGAAGGUGGAACACAAAUCCAAUCACAAGGAGCGGAGAAGUUUGAUGUCCGUCAGUGGGGCUGAGAGUGUCAAUGGGGAGUUGCCUGUGACCCCUCAGAAGAGAGAACGGAGAGGCACAGAGUAGCAGGAAUGACUCUGUUUGAAGAAAGAAUGCCAAGAGACCGAACACUUACGCGAUAUGGAGUUGUGCCCAAGGAAUGUCUCAUCUUUUGUGCGGUUUCUGUCGUGGAGUCAGCAGGCAUACGGAAGAGAGCCAAAAAGGGAAUAGUGUUGCUCUGCUGAGGACGGGAUCCAGCUGGCUUUGAAACAAGUCUCAUGAGAAAAUUAUCAUAUUUCCAGGGAAGAAAAGAGCUCAUUUUUUAUCUCCCCAACUGCCUCCAGCCACCACCCCGUAGUGUGCACACCACAGGUUUUUCCAGGAUGAUCACUGUGCACGUGGAAGAAUGCGUGUGCAGCCUGAGCUGAUGCUGUGUGUGUGUGUGUGUGUGUGUGUGCGCGCUCAUUGUGUGUGUGCGCACACGUACUUCUGUUCCCCCAACCCUUCACUUCCUAUUUUACUACUGGUUGUAAGAAGAUUCUCUUACAGUUUAACUGUUACGGCAGAUAAAGAUGACUCUGGGAGUGAGAGGUCCCCGAAGAUAACCUAGUUUGGCCCCGAGAAGCAGAGCCCCAAGAGGCCCUGGCUUCGGAUGGGGACUGGACGGCGGACUCUGGAUGCUGAGACCGGGAAUUCAGCGUUGAUCCUGCUUCGUCAUGCCACUCUCUUAGGUCACUUACAAAAUAUUGGGAAGUUGUGUGUUUGUUUUCAUUUUAACUUGAGCUAAACAGUUCUUAUUUAGGUUAUUCAAUAAAGGGGAAAGUGGUUUAAAGUCACAAAAACAAAAAUAAAAAAAUUCUUGUUUUGACAACCCAAGUCAAAAUAAAACGAAAAAUCUCUGCUUCUCAUGCCAGAUGGGGGGCCACCUUCCCCUGGUCCGAUUUAUGUAGUGUGUCGCUGUUUUCUAUCUUGUAGCUGAUGCUCGUUAUUUCAGAGAGUCUGGGUGGUUUUUUCCCCCUCGGGCUUGGACACCCUGCCUUUGUCUUUGCUGUGGGGUUUAUGAGACACCUGGGGGAGCUCAGAGGGCAUGGCAGUAACUUUGCGGUGGGUCUGGGCCAAAGGCGGGGAGGGCCCACGACGUCCAGAGCCCGUGGUGCCUGCUCUGUGUCAGAGGGAGAAGCACAUUUCGCACUUGACUCCCCAGAGGCGAUUUCCGUGUAUUUAAAGUAUUUACUGUAAAUAUGCUCAUUCUAUUCUGCUUCUGGCAUCAGACUAAAGUUUCUAACCUGUUAAAUGAAUGGUAGGCUCAAUUCCAUGUGAGUCUUUACUGACAACUAAUUAAAAGGCAUUUGUGCGUACAUACAUCGACACAGUGGACGAGAGGAAGCCAGUGUGGAGUGAAUUUCACGGAGGUCCAACAAGUAGCAAUAUAGGAAUUGGGGGAUGUGCAUUAGUGUAAAUGAUACAUGUGCGAUCUAGACCAAUAGUUUUAGCUUUAGGAGAAGAAAAGCAUCAUUUUUUGUUUGUUUAAAGAAUACGCUCUCAGAAUGGGGAGGGAUAAAUAUGUAAGAUAUUCUUAAGCUUUAAUUAUUUUUUUAACUUUAUUCAGGUCGGAGCACUUUUUGUAAUAGCAAUACAACAGGCAAGAGAAUACUCAAAAAUAUUUAAGAUGAUUGUAUUUCUACCAACAGUACAUUUUAAAUAUUUUCUAAUACUUGAGCAGUUUUUGUCUGUCUGCAGAAUAUGCCAAAAGUUAAGCAUUCAAUAUUUUCGACACAUAAGCUUUUUACUGGUUUCUAUGAUCUCAUACAAACUCAUACGUGUUCCCAAAGCGACCGAUGUUUACAGGCCUGUGCUCCGCUCCGCCCUCGAGGGACGGGGCCGCGCAGACUGACCACGCACAACACUACGGACGGAGGGCGGGCGGACGGCCGGGGAACGAGCGGGCGGGCUGCCACCUCAGUGUAAAAAUUUGUAAAGAAAGACUUUCACCCUUUUGAGUGUCAAGUGUAUUUUUAACUGUCUGGUUUGUACUUUUACGACUUUUGUACUACCAAAGCAGAGUUAAAAAUAAAAAUGUUAAAUCCAG